GGACAACACUCAUCCUCCGCCCAUUGUUCCACCGCCAAACCUCAGCAAAUCCACCCAGCGAUGCGUUUACUGAUAGGCGACGAUGUCGGUCAAGCUAAGGUGAUCGAGACUUCUGAAGGGAUCGACACCACGCUUCCUUCGUCCGCGCGCGCAACGACUACUUCGUUCUUCCCGCCUUCUCGGACACGGCCAAUCCAAUAUGCCCUGCGUGUGCGGUAUAUGGGUCGAGACGGCCUCGUAGCAGUCCUCUCGAAAGGCGGACUCCUCCGCAUCUUUGAUCCCAGCUCGUCCCCCAGCAGCCCCGAAAUCCUCUUCUCCUACACCCUCCAAGUCCCUGCCGAAACCAACACCGUCGCACUGGGCACCGACUCGGAACACGCCACGCUCUACGCCGCCACGGCAGAGGGAGUCGUCCUCUUUCUCGAUCUGACCAGCGGCCACGAGCGGAUCGUCCAAGUGCCCGGCCCCAUCAGCACUUUCGGCGCAUCACCCGAUCUCACGGCAGUCGCCACCGGCGGAACCGGCAAGGACGUGGAAAUCUACACUUGCGCUGCGAAGGGCGAAUGGGCCUCCGCCUGGAAGGCGCGAAACGUCAAGCUCACACACCUCAAGCUCGAGGUGCCCGUGCACCCCAGCCAGAUCCAUUUCCUACCGGCGCAGCAGGGCACGUGGCGCAUGGUGGUGGCGACCAACUACGGACACGUCAGGGUCUACGACACCGCCGUGUCGAGACGGCCGGUGUUUACCGCCGAGCCGUCGAAAUCUGCCAUCAAGGCGAUGCGGAUACACCCCGACUCGGAGAUCCCGGAUCCAGCGCUGCCGCUGGUGGCGACGAAGGGUCUGGAGGCUGAGAAGGCGUGUCUGGCUGCGGAUCUGAUGGUCGUCUACGCAAAUACUUCGGCAACGUUUAGCACUUACAGUCUACGCGAGCGCAGGGAGAUGGGGCUCUUCAAGGGACUGGACGGAACGGUCAAUGGUAUCUCGGUGGAUACGGACAACGGUCUUGUUGCGGGUGUCGGCUUCGGAAGGUACCUGGCCGUGUACGAUGCUUCAACGCGUGAGCUCAAGUCGCGGGUAUUCGUCAAGACCGCGGGCUGCUGUGUCGUGGUUCUGGAUGGCGAGGACGAGGCCGUCGAGGAACCGGAGAAACGGGACGAGGAGGAGGACGUGUGGGAAGCUAUGGAGGAGGUCAAGACCGCACGGCAGCUGGAGGCGGAGGCGGCGGAGGAAGAGGGGGAUCGCGUCAUCAACGUCCGUGUCAAGAGGAAAAAGGAUGGCGUGAGACAGGAAGCGGGGAAGAAGCCGAAGAUUUCCGAGGACCAAUAGGGUGGGCGAACUUGGGGGAAUUAAUUUUCGGCGUCUCUGUCGUUUCAUUGUAACCUCUUGUCUUGUUUUCUUUGGCAUCUGAUUGCGAGACUUCAAACUUUACAUAUCAUAUCAUGACUGCUGGCUGGCUGGCUCUGGAGACAAAAGCGAGGUGAAGACGGGCAGACAUGUCACAUGUGCCGGUCCGACUGUCGACUGUCGACUGUCGAAUGUCCGAUGUGACGCAUGGGGGUGAUGUAUCCAAGAAGUAAUAAUUACUGCGUUCGAUUGAACGGCUUUUUUCC